AUGCGGGGGGGAGCUUACUUCACCCCGCCGCCGCCGCAAGUGCACCACGGCUGGCCGCCCUCGGGCGCGCCCAAGGAGCUCGUCGACUUCUAUCGCGACAAGGCCCGCGCCAUGAACCGCGCCGCCGCCGAGAAGAAGGAGCAGCAGCCGCCUCAACAGCAGCAGCACCAAGGGCCGCUCGAGCUGCACGUCUACCGCGACGAGCGCCUGUUCGGCAAGGAUGACAUCAUCACCGGGCCCGACAAGCAGCAGAUGCUCUAUUACCUACGGUUCCCCGUCAAGUUCUUCAGCGGCCGGUGGGACCUGUCGCUCCGUCGCGGCGGGCCCGACGGCCCCGAGGUGGCACACAUCGACAAGGGCACGUUCGGCGACUCGUUCGACAUCUCGUUCGUCAACGGCCCACAGAUCAGGUGCCAGCGCACCGGCCUCAUCUCGACAAAGUACCUGUUCCAAGGCCAGGGCGGCUCAGCCUACUACUGCUGGAAGAGCGACGGGCACUUCCUAUCCCAAAUGAACUACACGCUCUUCCGCGAGGACGACCUCGAGCUACCCAAGGAGCAGCGCCGGCCCCUCGCGCACUGGAGGACGUCGAACUUCUCGUUCGGCAAGGACGGCGUCCUCACGAUCAACCCCGAGGCCCUCAACGAGGUCGAGCUCAUCCUCGCAACCGCGCUCGGCAUCGAGGAACGCGCUCGCGAGCGCCGCAACCGGAACCGGUGAUCCCGUCGCGCCUCUCUCCCUGUCUCUCUCCCUGAGAUCUGUACAUAGUCGAAUCCUUUCGUGCCCCUCUUCUCUCGAUGCCUAAUCAAGCCUCCUUCGUGUUCUGCUCGA